GGUGGUGUAGGUAAGAGUGCAUUAACUGUUCAAUUUGUACAUGAUAUGUUUGUCGAACGAUACGACCCAACGAUUGAAGACUCUUACAGAAAAAUCAUCACAGUCGAUGGAAACAAAGUCACCGUUGAGAUCUUGGAUACAGCUGGUACCGAACAAUUUGUCGCUCUACAUUCUCUUUACGUCAAAUCGGGUGAUGGAUUUCUUCUAGUCUUUGCUCUCAAUACAUUAGAUUCGAUUCACGAAUUAGAAGCCUUACACGAAUCGAUUGUACGGAUCAAAGAAGCCGAAGGUUAUACUGAAAAGAUUCCGAUUGUCUUGUGUGGUAAUAAGUGUGAUUUAGAAGAACGUACAGUUCAAAGGUCUUGGGCCGUUGGACUUUCACAAGAAUGGGGUGGUGUACCUUAUUAUGAGACCAGUGCUCGUAAACGAAUCAAUGUAGAAGAAGUGAUUGCAGAUUUGGUUCGACAGAUCAUCAAGGCUGAUCGAUUGGGUCAUUUGAAUUCUGCUCAAGGUCGUAAUGGUCCGGGUGGAAAGAAACGUAGAGGCAAACGUGUUUCACCCAACGGAGGUUGUAGUAUCUUAUAA